UUUCCGCAUUCGCGCUCGACUUGCAUGGUCGCGCUUCUCCGGUGGCUCGUGCUUUGGCCGCUCGCUGCGCUUGCGCAUCGGACCCACAUCGCGUCGCUCGACGAUGUUCUUGGGGAUAGCUCCGCGCGCAACCUCGAUGUCGUCGAGGUACUCAACGUCUCGCCACGGUUGUCUGCUUUCGGCAGCGCCCCCGAGCAGCUCAAUGUCACCUUGCGGACGCACGGCGUCGACGUCGUCGCUCUCGUGCAGCGGCACCACGCCCUCUUCGACCCGGAAGCGCUAAUCUACGCACACAUGGGCCCCGAGUCCGCGACGCUGCCGGUGGCCUCGCCCCACGACAUUGCGUACGCGGGGUCCGUCCUCGACGGCGGCUACGCCCGCCUCACGCUGCAAGACGGUGCUCGCUUCCACGCCACGCUCAAGAUGGGCGACCGUCUCCUCGUUGUCGACCUCGUCGAACAGCACGCGGGUGCGCUGGCGUCGGACUCGGGCAUGGUCGCGUACUUUGUGCCGCUCGCCGACGUCCACGUGGAGGGUGCUGACCAUCGCCGGCUCGCUUGGGGCCGCAUGCAGAACUGCGGGUGGGCCGCGCAACAGCUCCUUGUGGGCGUAGCGUCCGACGCUGGCUUCACGGCGCAGCACGGCGGCGCCGCGGCGACGCAGUCGUACCUCAUUGCGGUCUACAACUCGGUCAACGGACUCUACGACGACCAGAUCGGCGUACAUUUGACGAUCGGGACCUUUCUCAUCGAGACCCAAGUGGGUGGACCAGCGUGGAACUUGGCGCCGGGUGGCUGCGGCGCCAACGCCGACAUGGGCACGCACCUCGACACAAUGAAAACCUGGGUCGCAACGGGUUCGCCGCCGCUCUGCGGGUCCCAGCCCUGUGGCUUGUGGCACCUCCACACCAACUGCAACGCCGACCCGCAGUACAAGGGGACGGUCGCAGGUAUCGCGUGGAUCGGGACGCUUUGUACUGGCAGCGUCGGCUACAACACGGGCGUCUCAAUCGACGCGGCGGCCCGGACGUGGAUCCUUGUCGGCCACGAGAUUGGCCACAACUUUAACGCGCAGCAUACGUUUGCCGAGGGCGGUAUCAUGAGCUACGACUGGUCAACGCCGAUGCGGUUUAUCGACAACAAUCAAGUGUGCAGCUAUGUGGCUUCGGUGCAAGCCAAGUGCCUCUCGCCCUUCCCGACAACACCGACACCGACGGCGGCACCAACACCAACACCGACCACCACGACUGUGACACCGAACCCCACGACUGUGACACCGACUCCCACGACUGUGACGCCGACUCCCACAACGGUGACACCGACUCCUACAACGGUGACGCCGACUCCUACAACGGUGACGCCUACAACGGUGACGCCGACGCCGUCAACGGUGCCAGCAACAACGAUGGGUGGUACUCCGACGCCAAGCGUCGUGACGCAAGACCCGUGCGCGUGUGCGACGACCAACCUCUGUACGCAGCUCAAUCGACCGGGUUGUCAAAAGCACCAGGAUCAGUUUUACUAUUGCUACGUCGUCGGAUACGCAGCGUGUGCCUCGGCGCUCCUGUCGGACGCGUGCACCAAUGCUCAAGGCCAGCCUCUGUACUAUAUUACCUCCAAGGCCAGCUGCCCCGCCUUGAAUGCGUCGACACCGCAACCGUCGAGCAGCACUCCAGAGCCAUCGACCACGGUGACGCCGGCUCUCACCACCGAGACGCCGGUUCCCACGACCGAGACGCCGGUUCCCACGACCGAGACACCGGUUCCCACGACCGAGACACCGGUUCCCACCACCGAGACACAGGUUCCCACCACCGAGACUCCGGUUCCCACCACCGACACGCCGGUUGCGACGACCACGCCACCGGCAACCACCACUGCUACGUCGAAUGUGCCGACGACGAUCAUGACGACGACAACAGGGCCGACGCCAACCAGCGUGACACCGACGCCGACGACCCGCGAUGAUCCGUGUGCCUGCUCGACGACCAGUCGUUGCCCGACGAUUCCGAAUGGCGGGUGCCAAAACUUCAACGGCCAAGGCUGGUGCUACGUCAAGGACCCUUCUCGGUGCUUCGGGUCGCAGGCGCUGAGCUCAAUGGACUGCCCGGGCGAACUCUACAAGCCCUGCCCCCUCUCGAACGCAACGACGCCGCCUCCUGCCACACCCCGACCGCGUCCUAUCGACCCGUGCGGGUGUUCUGCAACGCCCAAGUGCCCCAGCAUCGACGCCUCGGGUGGCUGCUUUCGAAACGCGUCGUCCGGUGCGUCCUUUUGCUUUGUCAACGAUCCCACCGCAUGCCGUGCGCCUGGGACCAUCACGCUGUCGACACGGGCGUGUGCAGGCCAAAAGCUGCGGCUCUGCUCGUCGUCGUCGUCGCGCACCGAGUGGGUCUCGUCCGAGUGGUCGCAGUGCUCGGCGACCUGCGGCGGCGGCGAGAAGCGGCGCGUCGUGCGCUGCUCUGACCGGCGACACGCCACGACGCUCCCCGACAGCGCCUGCGCCGGCGUCACCAAGCCCGUGACGCAAAUACCUUGCAACACCCACGCAUGUGCCGGCGCCAAUGCGACCAGCACGGCCUGCGCCGGCCCACUGAACUCGACCUGCGUGCUGCGAAAGAACAAGCGGUUUUGCGACUGCGCGUGCGACGCAGGAUUUCUGUACGACCGCAGUCGGCGCGACUGCGUCGCUGCGCCCACGGGGAGCCGCAACGUGAGCGUUUGGAGUGCCAGUAGCUUUGAGGUGCGCUCCCACAACGUGGCGCCGCUGCAACCGACCAGCUGCAACGGUCGAGCGGCGGCAAACACGACUGUCACCGCAUCGUGGCGCGCCAUGGUCAACCAAGACACGAGCUCGGGUGCGGCGUCGGCGUCGGAUCCGUCGCCGGCGGCGGUCGUCAUGAUCGCUCUCGUCGUUGCGGCGCUCGCGGUCGUCGUGGCGAUCGUCGUGUACCGACGCCACCGGACGUCGGACCGCAGCGUCGACGGCAUGGUGCAGACGCCCGUGUACCUCGUCGAUGCGACGCCCGUCUCGAUCAUGUAGUGGCUCAUCACUUCAACAUGGAUGAUCGGCAAUCGAGAUUCGAGACACAUCCUGCUGCACGGUGAUAGGCCGAAGAAUAAAAAUAGGCGCCAUAGACAGUGUAUUUGUAUACAUGAUAAAAAAUGGAUAUUGUACGAUGGAUUGGCUAAAA